AGCAACCUCCACAAUUUGAUGGAGAAUCCUAGAUCUUUUCGGUGUCACCAUCACCGACCAAUGUUGAAGUUGGAUACACCUUGAAAUAUAAAUAUAAUGGAUACCGUGUGUGCCCCGGUUACAUGAGUGGCGAGCCGGCCGAGCCACAUCUCGUUUGAGUCAGGGGAAUAGCCCGCGAUAGACGAUGAAGUUCCCCUUACUAGUGAAUGCCCAACUGGCGUUCAUGGCAUCUAUAGUUUCGUCUACGGCGGUAACGUCAGGUACUGGCAAUUCCACCUACUUCAACCCGGUGUUACCAGGCUGGCACUCUGAUCCGUCAUGCACGCACGUAGAUGGGACCUUCUUCUGCGCGACAUCGACUUUCAUAUCCUUCCCGGGGCUCCCAAUCUACGCAUCUAAAGACUUGAUAGACUGGAAGUUGGUUAGUCAUGUCUGGAAUCGCGAGAGCCAGCUGCCGGGAGUCAGCUGGAAUACGACGGGCCAGCAGCAAGGCAUGUACGCACCAACGCUGCGCCAUCACGAUGGAGAGUUCUACGUUAUCUGCGAGUACCUCGGCAUGCCUGAGGGAAAUAUAGGGGUUGUGUUCAGGACGACAAAUCCUUUCAGUGAUAAGGCGUGGAGUGAUCCGGUAAUAUUCCACCCAGAUAAGAUCGAUCCGGACCUGUUCUGGGACGACGGAAAGCUCUACGUGGCUACCCAGGGUAUCAUCCUCCAACAGCUCGACCUGGAAACCGGUGAGCUUAGUCAACCACCUGUUAGUCUCUGGAAUGGGACAGGAGGCGUCUGGCCAGAGGGCCCUCACCUAUAUAAAAAGGACGAUUGGUACUACCUGAUGAUUGCCGAAGGCGGCACUGAGACCAACCACUCUAUCACCAUUGCUCGGUCUCGGCGGCUUGACGGCCCGUACGAGCCAUACGAGAAUAACCCCAUUUUAACGAACCGCAAUACAGACGAGUACUUCCAGACCGUUGGUCACGGCGACUUAUUCCAAGAUGCCCAAGGUAAUUGGUGGGGAAUGUGUCUAGCAACUCGCUCCGGUCCCGAAUUUUCAAUCUACCCGAUGGGUCGCGAGGCCGUUCUCUUCCCCGUGACAUGGGACUCAGGUUUAUGGCCCAUCCUUCAGCCCGUCCGCGGCAACAUGAGCGGCUGGGCACUUCCCCCUCCCAACCGUGACGUCCCCGGAGACGGUCCGUUUAACUCGUACCCCGAUUCGUAUGACUUCGGCGAAGACACCCCUAUCCCACGCAAUUUAGUGCACUGGCGUGUGCCCCGUCCGGGCGCCUUCUCGGUGACAUCCAAAGGUCUUCAAGUCAUACCGAGCCGGAACAACCUCACGGGCACGCCCCUCUCCACAGCCACCCCCGAGCUUAGCGGACAGCAGGGCCUAUCCUUCAUAGGCCGGCGACAGACAGACACUCUCUUUGCCUUCACCGUCGACGUAUCCUUCACCCCACAACAAGUCGGCCAAGAAGCGGGCAUCACCGUCUUCCUCACACAAGUCAACCACAUCGAUCUAGGCAUCGUGCUGCUCACAAAAACCACAAGUCUAUCUUCAUACUCAGGGCGAGAAGGGGCUCAACCAAAGCCGCAACUCUCGUUCCGCUUCCGCGCUGAAGGAACCGGCACCAUUCCCACGCCUAACAUAGUCGCAGUGCCCGAGGACUGGCUCGACGGGCCUAUAAGGUUAUACAUUGAGACGGCGAAUGCAACACAUUAUGAUCUAUCGGCCAGCACGGCCGGCGACCCAGACUCUCGCAUACACGUCGGCACGGCGUCCGCGGGGCUCGUAAGUGGUGGUGGCGGCUCUUUCGUCGGGAGUCUGGUAGGGGCUUACGCGACUUGUAACGGAGCCGGCAGUGGUGUGGAAUGUCCAGAAGGCGGGAACGUGUAUUUUACCCGUUGGAGAUAUUCUGGGUUGGGUCAAUAUGUUACUGAGACUCAGGUUAUAGUAUAAGUAAAUAAGUCUGUGAAACAGAUUAAUACAAUAAAUGCAAUAUUAAAACACACCGGAACACUUGUCCUUGUCGUACUCGAAUUCGU